UGCUCAAGUAACAUGGCUGCUCACGAGGGAAAGUCCGUUUUAUUCGUGUGCUUGGGGAACAUAUGCCGAUCCCCAAUUGCAGAAGCUGUCUUCAGGAAAAUGGUAACAGACAGAGGCACUGCAGAUAAAUGGGUUAUAGACAGUGGCGCUGUGUCGGACUGGAACACGGGCAGCGCCCCUGACGCCCGUGCUCUGGCCUGCCUCAGGAAGCAUGACAUUGACUCAGACCACAGGGCCAGACAGGUGACAAAGGAGGAUUUUAUGACCUUUGAUCACAUGCUUUGCAUGGAUGAAAGCAACUUAAGAGAUCUCAACAAGAAGGCGAACACGGUGAAAAACUGCAAAGCUCAAAUCGAGCUCCUCGGGAAGUACGAUCCUCAAAAGCAGCUGAUCAUCAAAGAUCCCUAUUACGGGAGCGACGAAGACUUUGAGAUGGUUUAUGAACAGUGUGUUAGAUGCUGCAGAGCAUUUUUGGACAACCACUCCUGAUGCAACACCCCUGAGCUUCUGUAGACUACCUAAUAUGAGUCUAACUGAACAGAUUUCAUUGUACACACUUAAUUGCUCAGAGAUGAUAUAUGGCUUUGCAAUACCAAGAGAAACAUUGAUGGAUGUAAUUCAAGUGACCGUCCAUCACAUUGAAUGUGGUCUUAAUUGUUAAAUAAACUGUCUUUAUGUAAUUUACACAUUUGAGAGCAAAGGUGAGAAGUUUCUUGACAUUAAUUUUUUUUCCCCGAUGAGGAGAUGAAAAGUAACUAAAUAAAUAUGACAUGGACAACUAAGAAUAAAUGCUUGAAUGAGAUCACUCUGUGACACCAAAAUUCCAGGAAAUUACCAGUGAUUUUCCUGACAUUUAGUGAGUGGGAGACAAAGAUGAGGUUACAAUUUGGCCAAAAGAUUGUCUCGUUGAUUGUUUUAUGAGGUCAUACCAUGCAUAACACUGAAUUUGAGGAAUUAAAACGCUGUGUUAAAUGUUGUGUGAGGUCACACUAUAUUUAACAGUACAUUUAAAAAUUUAAAACACUACAUUGAAAAUAAACAAUGAGUACAGAUAACUUAUUUUCUGUGAUGAAUGCUGCAUACAGUACAUUAACUUAUGCAGCACUGGAAUGACUAGUGUUUAGACCUUGGAUAACACCUGAUUGAAAAUGGUCAGAACAACAACACUGAUUAGAUCCAUUGCUCUUGUAUUUGGCCUGCACAUCCACCAGUUUAUAACACAGUGUUGAGGUAGUGGAUUUCAAACCAUGGAAUAAAACAUAUGUAGUUAACCAUAAUGAAAAAAACCUCAUCUCUGGUAGUAAUUAUACUGAGGGUUUUGUUAAGAGGGAACACUGUUCGUUUUCUUAAAAUGCUAGUAAAACAAGCGGUUUUACUACUUUAGUUGCUUGCUCUAUAAAACUGGCAACUCUGUCCAUCUCCACUCUGUCAUGCUUUGCACACAGCAAAUACCUGGAUGUUCACAGAUGUUUGCUUGUUCUUUAUGGCAACUAAUACACAGUGUUAACUUGUAAUGUGUGCAUAUCCCUGUGCAAAACCUGUUGCUUUAUAAUGUCCUCAGAAAAUUAUCAUUGAAAAUAAUACUAAUGUGUAUCCCUUCGGUGUGAUAGUGUCAUUUUAGUUGUACAUGUUAUUGUACAAACCUGUUGCUUAAUAAUGUACUCAGAAAAUAACUGUUGAAAAUUAUACUGAUGUGCAUCCCUUUAUUUUGAAAGUGUCAUAUAUUAUAAAUGUGUCAAGUUAUGUGGAUACACCAGAUGUAUUUGGAAAACAUUAGUACAUUGAUAGAACCCGCAGAAAUUUGCAAGUAAGUAAGUGUGCUACUGUACUGAAACUGACUUUCCAUUAGAUCCAUAGCCAGGGUCAGUCUUCUCUUCUGUGAUUUUUCAGAGAUCAUUAGGCAGUCAUGCGGGUAUUCGGGCUGGUAGGUGCGCAUGCUGUCAAAGGAGC